AUGGCGCUGGCCCCGUCGCUGGAGAAGAAGCGGCGCAUGGAGGGUCGGUUCGCGGUGGCUCAGCAGCACCAGGAGGCGCCCCCGCCAAGCCCUGACCUCGCCGGCAGCUGCGGAGGCGCUGGUGCCGGCGGUGCCGGCGGCGGCGGUAAGGAGGACGUGGAGGCCGCGACAGGGGUGGACCUUGGCUGUUUCCGCGCUCAGAAGCAGCAGCAGCGGCAGGAGGUGGAGACAAAAAGAAAAGAAGAAGUCGUUGCUGCUGAUGUCGCCGUUGACGGCUGGGGGCCGCGGCAAGACACCGGGCCCGUCGAGGGGGGCUGGGGCGACUGCUGUAUCCCGGCGGUGGCGGCGGCAGUAGACGAGGAGAACGCGAGCGCCAGUAGUAGCAGCGCAGGGACGGCCUCGAGCGUGGAGCGAGGACAGGCAGCGGACGAGAUCGGUGGCGGCGGCGGCGGCGGCGGCUGGGAGGCCACGGAGUCCUCGACGUCGUCAUCCGAGGAGGCCGGGGGCUGGGGUAUGGCAAGCGGCGGGGGCGGUGGCGGCGGUGCGAGCAGUGUUUGCGGCGUCAGCGAGAGCGGCAGCAGCAGCAGUAGCAUGGCGGUGAGCACUGACGAGCAGGGAGAGGAGGGGCAAGAGGAGGCGCGAUGGGCGGAGGAGCUGAAGAGCAGCGUUGGAGUGGUGACGGAUCUUGUCUUGCCGUGCCAGGGCCGGGAUGGUGCCGGGGUGGACGGCGUGGGAAUAGCAAUAGAGGAGGGGGGGGAGGAAGAGGAGGGGGGGGAGGAUGAACGAGAGAUGGCUGCCGCUCUUGAGGCUAUCUACGAAAAGGGGCGGGAGCAGCUGAAGCGUCACGCCGAGGUGCACGGAAAGGAAGCGCGGCAACGAGCGACCGACGCGUGGCUGGCGAGCCGCACCCCUCAGCAGCAGAGCGACUACAGGGAGCGAACCCAGCCGCGGACAGCGCGGCGGCAGCACCAGCAGCACCAAUUGCAGCAGAGAUAA